AUGCCUCGCAUCAGACCUGCAGGAUUUGUUCGUUCUAGAGGUCCGCGGCGGGCCACCAGGGGCGAUCUCAUAAAGCGGUUCGACAAGCUGAUGAAAGACAACAAAGGCGGUGUAGUCGACUUUCCAUUGAGAUAUAUCGAAGACUACGCGUUGCGCAAGUCACUGGAACCAUUGAUAUUCAAAUGCCAUGGAGUCGUGACUGAUGACGAAUUAUACAAAGGCGCGCAGUUAGCCAAAGGUACUGAAUUCUCGCCUCAUUUCUUGAAUGAUGCAUGA